AUGGCAUUUUCCUCUCUCACCCUGCUCCUGCUGCUCGCCGUGCGCGUAGCGAUUGCACAGAGCGGACAUGGCAUCAUUGGCUUCGGAAUCUCGUACUACCAGGACCAGUGCUGUCAGGCUUGCUACGACUCACUGUCGGCUCUGUAUCUUUCCUGUACGACGUUUUCCAGUGACAUGUCCCCGGGGAUGGAAAUGGAAAUGGACAUGGGCAUGGACAUGGACAUGGACAUGGACAUGGAAACGACCAUGGCCACGACGGGGACGACGAGCCCCGAAUGCUACGCGAGCAACAGCCCUUGGCUGCAGACCAUGGCUUACUGCAUCAAGUCCAACUGCGAUGCCCGUGGCUUUCCCGCCGAGAAGCAAGUGACAUGCUUCCGCCAACACGCAGUCAUGGGAGCCCCGACGCCGGCUUUCGAGGAGAGCUUACCUCCGGAGGCUCCAACGGUCGAGCUUGCGGCAGAUGCGAUGUGGCUCAACACUACGAGCCUGGUCAAUCGCGACACGUACGAGUCCACCUACGGGACCGAGGCCGAGUUCGCAAGAGCGGAAUACAUCCAUGCCAGAUACGCUUUCAUCCUCGUGCUCAUCACCAUCGGUCUCAUAGUCGGGGCAGGACUUCUGGCGCAGGCCAGAGCCCAUUGUGCAGGCUUCCAGGCGCUGCUUGCGCAAUCGAGUCUGUGGGCCAAACUUCAGCAGUAUCUCGUUCUUCCGGCGCUCUUCGGAUCCCGCCAUCUGGAACCAGUCCCGGGCAACCUGGGUUACGUCCCUGGGAGGAUGCUCAGCGCUUUCAUCACGUUGUAUAUCGUCAUGAACAUCGUCCUCUCCUCGGUCUCUUUUCGCAGCUUCCAGCCCAAUAUCUAUUGGACUUCAUCUGGGGCAGAACUGUGCGAGUAUAUUGGAAACCGGACGGGUGUUCUCAGUCUGGUCAACAUGGCUCUGGCAAUAUUGUUCGCAGGUCGAAACAGUAUCUUGGUCCUGUUGACCGGGUGGAGUCAGACGACUUUCUUGGCGUUGCACCGAUGGGCAGCGAGGGUAGCGGCUUUCCAAGCCGUCGUUCAUUCGAUUGUCUUCACCGUGCAGUCUUUUACACCAGGGCAGGGAGGUGCUGCCGGCUAUGCCCGUAAAGCCGCAAUGCCUUACUUUUACAUGGGAAUGGUCGCGACGAUAGCGAUGUGCUUGGCAGUAGCUUUCGCAGCUCUACCGCUCCGCUCUCGAUUCUACGAAACAUUCCUCAUCACCCACAUCGCCCUGGUCAUCCUGACGCUGGUCGCUUGUUGGUACCAUCUAGUGAUCCAUUUCGGAUAUGUUUUCGGAUAUCAGACCUGGCUUUACAUCUGCUUUGCAUUUUGGCUCGCGGACCGAUUUGCCCGGGUAGCGCGUGUGAUCUACUACAACCGCAUCGGCAAGUCCAUGGGCAUCGUGGAGGCGGUUCCUGGGUGCAACGUCUUGCAGGUCACGUUUUUUCCACGCGUCUGGAAAUUCGGUCCCGGACAGCACAGCUACCUCUACCUUCCGGACAGCUCGCUCUACCUCCCGGGGCUGGGUGCUAAAUUUUGGGAGAACCAUCCAUUCAGCGUUGCAGGAUGGACGAGAGCCGGAGAGGAAGUAUCCGUCCGGUCUUACCCGGGGCCUGCUCCCGCCUCUCUCUCCGACAGGACUGCGAAAGAGAAGGAAUCGGGAGAUGCUAUCGCCAUUUCGGUCGCUACCGACUCGGAUGCAUCAUCUUCCCAGGAUUGCGCCAAGGAAGCCGCUCCUUCGCAUCACACCCAAUGCCACGAGCACACGUCCAUCCGGUUCCUUGUGCGCGUGCACCGUGGGAUGACUGCCGCGCUUCAUCAACGCGUGCUUGCAUCGCCCUCUGGCUGCGUGCAGUUGGCGAUGUACAGUGAAGGGCCCUAUGCCGGACACCGGGCCACUCUCCAGCCUCUCUUCGCCGCCGAUACGGUCCUGAUGAUCGUCGGUGGCAUUGGCAUCAGCGCCGCCCUCGGCCACGUGCACGAAUACACGCGUGCGCGUCGCUCCACGGGGCCCACGGGGGAACCGCCCGCCGCGAAGACGAGCGGGGUUCUGCAGAAGGCGACCCGAUUCAUCCUCGCUUGGUCUGCCACGGAAGCGGCUCUCAUCGAACACGUCACGUCCAACUUCCUUCCCCACGGAGACGACCGCGCCGGGGUGGAAUACCUGUUCUGGUGCACCGGGCGCCGCGGCUCUCCCGAGCCGCCAGUUGAAGCUGUGGCUGAGGACGGCCGUGAGCUAGGGGCCGUCCCUCGGCACGCACAUCGGACGGUCGUGUCGCCGGGGCGAAUGGAUAUCAGAUCCGUGUUGCGGUCUUCCGUCGAAGCCGGUCUCCGCAGCACCGUCAUGGUCUGCGGGCCUGGUCGCAUGGUCGACGAGACUACGCGAGAGGUGGUGAGCUGUGUGAAGGACGGACUGAAGGUGGACCUGAUUGAAGAAGCGUUCGGCUGGUAG